UGUACCACAUCAGUUUGAAGAUGGCGGAGGGUGAAUUGAACGUGGACAGCCUCAUCUCUCGGCUCCUGGAAGUACGGGGAUGUCGCCCGGGGAAGAUAGUCCAGAUGACAGAGGCAGAGGUGCGCGGCCUCUGCAUCAAAUCCAGGGAGAUCUUCCUCAGCCAGCCCAUCCUGCUGGAGCUUGAGGCACCCCUGAAGAUCUGUGGUGAUAUCCAUGGGCAGUACACAGAUCUGCUGCGGUUGUUUGAGUAUGGUGGCUUCCCUCCAGAGGCAAACUACCUUUUCCUGGGUGACUAUGUGGACAGAGGGAAACAGUCCCUGGAAACCAUCUGCCUUCUGUUGGCAUACAAGAUCAAAUACCCAGAGAACUUUUUCCUGCUCAGGGGCAACCAUGAGUGUGCUUCCAUCAACCGCAUCUACGGUUUCUACGAUGAGUGCAAGCGCAGGUUCAAUAUUAAGUUGUGGAAGACCUUCACUGACUGCUUUAACUGCCUCCCCAUUGCUGCUAUCAUUGAUGAGAAGAUCUUCUGCUGCCAUGGAGGGCUAUCGCCUGAUUUGCAGUCAAUGGAGCAAAUUCGCAGGAUCAUGAGGCCCACAGAUGUGCCUGAUACAGGCCUGCUGUGUGACCUGUUGUGGUCGGACCCAGAUAAGGAUGUACAAGGUUGGGGAGAGAACGACCGCGGAGUCUCGUUCACCUUUGGGGCAGAUGUGGUCAGCAAGUUUCUAAACCGCCAUGACCUGGACCUCAUCUGCAGAGCCCACCAGGUUGUGGAGGAUGGUUACGAGUUCUUUGCCAAACGCCAACUGGUCACACUUUUCUCUGCUCCAAACUACUGCGGGGAGUUUGACAAUGCAGGCGGCAUGAUGAGUGUUGACGAAUCUCUCAUGUGCUCCUUCCAGAUCCUCAAGCCCUCAGAGAAGAAGGCCAAGUACCAGUAUGGUGGUGUAAAUUCUGGUCGGCCCGUCACCCCACCCCGCACCGCCCAAGCCCCCAAGAAGAGGUGAACAUGCAGCCUUGGGUUUCCCCCCUCCUUCUCACCCUUUCCGUCCCUGGUCUGCCAUCACGGCAACCCCUGUAACUCCCCUGUAUAGCGAAGAUACAGGGCUUAUCUAAUUGCCCAAAUCUUUCUCCUCUUUCUUCCCCACUCACCCAGCCCCUCCUCAACUCCACUGACAGCUCUUUUCUUAAUGUGUAAGUGUACAUAGAUUUGCUGUGACCAAUCUGUUUUGUUUUUUCGCCUGUUUGUUGGUAUUUUUGAUAUUAUUAACAGGUUCUCUUUUUUUGUGAUUUUACUUCCAAUGCCAUUUGAGGUUUUCUGAGGUUCUGUGUCAUGAAAGGAAAUGCCUUCUCUGUGUAGAGAGGCAAAGCGACUGAGUUAGGCGAAUUCUUUUUCAGUUUAACAAAAACACAGUAGAGAUUAAACAUUGUUUUGCCUUCACCUCUCCAAAAGCAGAGAGAAUCCUUCCAAUGUAUUACAGUGAGACUGAGGUUUCUGUGGAAUGCGAAUUCCAUAGACAGAAAUAACAUUUCUCAUAUUCCAAUUAAACAGUUGAAACACAUUAUAGCAUGUGCGGUGAACUUGCGGUUGUUGUGAAUUUUUUAUAUAUUUAACCAUUGAACAAGUGCACCUCCCCAUGAGUAGCAAAGAAUGUGAAAAGACCGGCGUGAAUGAAAUAUAGAGGAUAAAUCAAAAGCUGCUGGCAGUGGACACGCUCUACCCGGACACAACGCCCUCUGGGCAUCGAUUCCUCCGUUCCGUCAUGCCUCCCUGUGCCUCGACGACUCUACACCCACACAAAAACAUGCCGCUUCUCUCACAGAGCUGGCACUGACAUUUUCCUGGGUCUAUUUGUUAUUCCCUCUCAUUAAGAUAUUUUCCCCAAUAUGAUCCUCUUGAUUUGUAGUGAAAGAUGCUGAGUGAUUUUUUUUGCAUGUUGUGUCCGUGGAGAGUUAUGUUAGUUGCACAGGCAUUUAACUAACAUGGGUCACUUGAGAUCAGUAUUUUACCUGCAGACAUACUGGAUAAAUGGUGUAUUAAAAGCGCUUAUAAAAUUGUCCUUCCCUAGUUUCCUAGAAGCAGAUAAGCAGAGAAAAUAUCUAACAACACUGGUUGCAAUUUUGUAAGUGUCUAACUUAUCUAAGUGAGCCCGUGCAGUGUUAAAUAACCAAAAUAAAUAAAAAGCAAGCUUCACAAAAUGCUCCAGAAUAUUUGAAUUGUUCAGCGCUGUGUUUAUAGAGCACACAAACAAACAUAACAGAGUUUGCUCUUGCAAGCUUUUAGGUAAAAUGCCAGUUAUCAUCCUCUCACAUCACCCAAUCUGUUCUGGUACAGAGAAAGAAAACUGGUGGAGUCAGGAGUGGGCGGCAGGACCAGGACGGUCUGCUGUGUGACACUGAUGCCACCUGGUGUAUAAAUAGAGUAGUGCAACCCAAAGAGGAACAAAUCAGUUGUUGUGAAUUUCAAGCUAGACAGCUCAGGAGGGGCUUUUCAUUACAUUGCCAGUACAAACUGUGUCCUUUACCACGAGGAGGUACUUCAGUUCAAAUGUUUGACUGACCAGCGACAAUCCUGGCUGGCAGUUACUUCAGUCUACUGCAAAUGAGAUGCAGUUGACCCUUUGUGGAAAACAGUUGCCUCUUUUCUUUUUCUUUUGCUCUUUGUGGUAUUAUUCUUUCUGUUGUAUUUCUAUGUUCUCUGUCCACAUUGUUUACUUUUUAUUCACUUAAUUUAUUUCCUAAUAAUGAUAAUAAGAAAACAAUGAGGUGUUACCAAAAGCUGUUUUGCAAUUUGUACAAGUUUGUUUGAAAGUCUCUAAAUUCAAUUAAAAUGGAUGGAAACCAAAA